GAGAGAGUGUGUGCCGCUGAGGAGGGUGUGUGCCCCCGUUUACCUGAGGGACAGGGUGGGAUAACCCCCGUCCAGCCCCGCCGGCAUGGGGGGUAGCGAGAGCAGCUACGGGAACAGGAAGGUCUCGUUCGGGCUGGAUGAGCAGGAGCGAGUGCGGGUGCUGCAGGGCAUUAGGCUCUCUGAAGAUGUAGUGAACCGAAUGAAGGAAACUUCUCAACUUAAAGGGGACCAGAGACCAUCUUCCUUUCCUUCUCCCUCAUCCUAUGGCACUGCAUCAUCACCACAAGCUGCAAAAGGGAAGCCCAAGUCUACUACAGGAAUCCAUCCACCAACUGCCAGUAGCUCUGGUCAGAAGCCCUCUGAGGCGGAGGAGGACCUCUACAAAAGGUAUGAGCGAGAGCAGGCACUGGUCCAAGAGGAACUGCUCCGGCUGGCCAAGAGGGAACGUGAGGCAGGCAGCGAGUGUCUCAAUACAAACCUGCAACGGGAAAAGAACAGCACCAAUGAAGAGAGGCAGAAAGCAACUCGGAUGCCUGCAGAUUUGGAUGCCUGGGCACGGGAGCUACAGUGCAAGGAGGCGGAGCUGAAACGACGAGACGCCUUCUGUAAGGAGCAGUUGGCCCGCAUUGAGAGGAAGAAUGCUGAAAUCUACAAGCUGACAUCAGAGCAAUUCCAUGAGGCAGCCACUGGUGCAGAGAACCACAUAAAACAAAGACCUGAUUUAGCUUACUCAGUGGGAGGGGGAGAGGAGGAUCUGAAAUCCUGGAUUUCAUGUGUACACAGCCUUCCUUCUCAUUGGACAGCAGAGAAGCAAAGGCGGAGGAACACUGAGCCUAUAUGUGGAGGGCUGCAGUCUGAGAUUCUGAAGUGCUACCAAGAAAACAAGCAUGAAGUGCUCAAGUGCUCAGAGUUGGCCAAGGAGUACCAGCGCUGUGUUAGUUCAGCACAGAAGGGCUCUCAUCAGUGUUCAGCAGCUGUUGUCUCAGCCAGUGCAAUUGUCAGCCCUAAGGAGAAGCAGGGUUUCUGCUGCAUGAAUCCCCCUUGGAUUUCUGAUCAUGCUGCACAGCAGUUUACAGCUGGGGAAGUGACUUCUCAACACCACACAGUGAGUCAGUGCUUGAAACUGAACCCAGCUCUUCUGCAUCUCACUGCAGUUUCUCAACCCCGAGACGAUCCUUCUGGUAUCUGCUCCCUCAGACCUGGGCCCCUCCAUCCCUGUCAGUCCGUAUGGAGCUGCUGGUAUCACCCGCUUGCCUGCCUCCUCCUUCUCAAAGGGAACUUGGGCCAGCAGAAGACUCUGUGACACAACCUGCCUGGUGCGUGAGCCCAACUCUGAGCCAGGAGGGAGACAGAUGGCACCUUGUACUGCCGCCAACAUUUCUAGGAAAGGUUCUUCAAGGAAACUGACACCAAAGAGAAGAAGCUGCCCUGCCACGUGGGAGACUUCCCAUGUGGGCUGGAGCAAGGAAUGCCAUGGAGACCAGUCCAGGGCCCAAGGAUGGGCACUUUCUCCUACCAUACAGGAGCUCUGGGUUCAGAUCCUGAACUGGCAGGGGCUGAGUGCUACAGCAUGGCCCACAUACAGCCCGCUAUGCGAUAGCUGGGUUUGGAACCGAAGCCAGGAGGAGAUGGGAGUGCUUUGGAACUGGCUCCAGACCGAAGGAGUCGUGUUCCUGUUGCAGAGCGAGCUGAAAAGUUUUCAGUGACACUUUUUUUUUUUUUGAAUGUUUUUUUCAUCCAAAAAGGAAACUUUGCUGGGGGAUUUUAAAUUGGGUUGAAAUUUUCCACUUUUUAAAGUUAGAACUGAAAAUAUUCAGUAAAGACUUUGGGUUUUGGUAAAAGCCUUCAGUUUUUGAAAACCAAUCUUUUUUUAAUGUAUUUUUGUCUGAAAACUGAAAGUUGUUGCUGAAAAUGAUUUUCAAAACCAAAAGAAACAGGAAAAACAAAUUGGGAAAUUAAAAAACCCAUAACAAUAAAACCUUCCCCACCCCCCAGUGUAAACAUUAUUUUCCCACAAAAAGCAAUGGGCAUAUUUUGCCCAGCUCUAAGCUGUUACCCUGUGGGAGACCUGGCUUCAGAUCCCAGGCUGGGGGUGAUGAAGUGUCUGGCCUAGCAGUUAGAGCUUUCCCCAGCCAUGCAAGUUGUGGUCCAAGUGCUAGUCUCAGUCUCCUGGGUAUUGAUCUGGCAGGGGCUAGGAGUGCUGUACAGAGAACAUGCCAGUGCUACCAGCUCUCGUGGUGUUAUCAUGAGUCUCCUGAUUUAAAGCCCUGUUCCUGGAGACCAGAGAAUAUGUGUAAAAUAGUCCCGCAUUUAUUAUUAUUAAAUACCCUCAUGUUUUUUAAGUCAAUCUCAUGAAGUUUUGGGGCCUGGCACAUGAUGCCUGAGUGUUUGGGGUUGGUAAUACUGUGUACUGAGCCCAGAUACUAUCAUGAUGGGCAUAUUAUAGAAAUAGUUAAGUAGAGAUUGAGACCCACAGGUAAGGGAAGGUGCUUAGUGUUGCUUAACAGCAGCUCCUGUGCCCGCUUCACUGCUGGGAGCGCCCUCUCCUGCGUUCCACUCCCUACAGUGUAUGAUUAAAGCUGAUAUGCUCUGAGUCUAUUUCUGGACCUGCAGUCAAGAGCUGGGGGACCCUGUGUGUGAGUGUGGAGUGCUCAGAACCACUGUUUCCCUUUACCUCUGCUUCAGCUUAAUUCGUGUCAUGCUGAUUAUGUCACACCCGUACCCUCCUUUGGGCGUAGGGUUGUCAAUUUUGAUUGGAUGUAUUCCUGGA